CCAUCUUGGUGGAGGUGGUGAGACAGAGAGCUGCCUGUGUUUGAUAUGUGCUGUACAUAGCACUGAGUGUGCAAUGACUUAUGAGUGUCAGGGGCGGACUGACAACUCAUGGGGCCCCCGGGCAAUAGGGGUUCAUGGGGCCCCUGUGUCCUUGCCCAAACUCAAAAAAGCCUAUGAAAAAGGUACCAGGGGCAUCUCAUGGGGCCCCCUACUGACCUGGGCCCCAUGAUCCCCUAUUGCCUGGGGGCCCCAUGAGUUGUCAGUCCGCCCCUGGCAACAACUA